UGAACGUAUUUAGUCGAUCGUUUCAAAAUUAUUACGCGAGUUAAGGUUAAAUUUUUAUCGAAUUUUUAUUUAUUAUUAUUUAUUAUUUAUUAUCGCUUUUAACAAUUAUCUUCAAGGACUAUAGAUAAUUUAACGUAUAUAUAACGUACAUAUAUCGGGUUUAAAAAAUUCGAAAACAUCAGAAUUUUGACAUUAGAAGUGGAAACAUUGUUCAGGAAACAGGAAAGAAAAAAAAAGAAUAAUUAUGUUUCGAUACAUUUCCGUCUAUGUUCUCUAUGUUGCUAUAGUCGUUUAUAUCGAUGCGAAGGUUUUCCUAAUAUGCGGACAGAAUGAAAAACCGAACAUAUGCGGAGAAGGUAUCUGCCCACCAACUUGCUGUAAUCCAAAGAUAGAAUCGUGUUUGCUAGGUUUAGGACCUGUUUGCAUAUGGUCUACGACAGGAGGUUGUCGAUGCGUUAACGGCACCGUUAGAAACGAAAAUAAUAAUUGUGUACCGCUUUCAGAAUGUCCACCUGGGAUUUGCUCUUCAAAUGAAUAAUGAACUUCAACGAUGUUAAUCUAUAUAUCUAUGUCAGAAAAGUAGAAGAUAAAUAGAAGAUCCUUGUAUAACUAUCAUUGUCCAAGUAGAAAAUAAGUGUCAAAUAAAGAGACUAUAAUAGCU